AUGUCGGACACUUUUGCCACCGCUCAACCCACCCCCGCCGUCUCCUCGGUGAACUUGCCCGCCACUCCUGCGGCUCAAGCCCCCUCGCCCGGCCCUGAGGACGCUGCUGCGAGUCCCGCCGACGCCGCAGCCGCCACCGCACUCUCUGAGACGGAGACCAAGAAGCCCGUUAUCCGAAAUAACGACCACCUCCCUAAACUCGCCAUUGAGUUCAAGGCUCCCGAGCCUGUCGUCAAGCGUGGCCGCAGCGUCUUCUUCGCCGGCUCCAUCGAGAUGGGCGCCGCCAUCGACUGGCAGGCCGACCUCGCGAAGCGCGUCGCCCACCUCCCCUGCACCAUCCUCAAUCCCCGCCGCUUGGACUGGAACAACGACUGGGAGCAGCGCGACCGCGACCCGCAGUUCCGCGAGCAGGUCGAGUGGGAGCUCGACGGGCUCAACACCGUCGACGUCAUCUCGAUGUACUUCGCCCUGAACACCAAGUCGCCGAUCUCGCUGCUCGAGCUCGGGCUGUACGCGGCGAGCGGGCGGAUGGUGGUGGCGUGUCCGGACGGGUUCUACAGGAGAGGCAACGUGGAAGUGGUGUGCAGGCGGUUUGGGAUCCUGCUGCUCGACACUUUUGACCAGCUCGCGGACGAGGUCGUGCGUCGGCUGCAGGAGGAUCCGAUCAUGUAG